CACCACCAGCCGAGUCCCCACUCCACGCCACGGCAGGGUGACGAGGAGCAGAGAGGCAGAGCAAGAGGAGAGGCGUUCGCGUCGGGCGCGCGCGCGCCAUGGGGGUGCUGCGGAGCACGCACAGCAUGGCGGCGGAGGUGGAGGAGAUGCGGGCGGCGCUGCUGGUCGGCGCCGGCGGCCCCGCGUGGAGUUGGCGGCGGAGGGGCGCGGCCGCGGCGGCCAAGCGCGGUGCCGGCGCCGAGGAGGGCGCCGCGGAGGCGCGCGCCGUGUGCGUCACGGGCGGGAUCUCCUUCCUCGGCCUCGCCGUCGUCGACCGCCUCCUCCGCCACGGCUACGCCGUCCGCCUCGCCCUCGAGACCCAAGAGGAUCUGGACAAGCUGAGGGAGAUGGAUUUGUUCGGUGAGAAUGGCAGGGAUGGGGUCUGGACUAUUAUGGCAAAUGUCAUGGACCCGGAGAGCUUGCACCGAGCUUUCGAUGGCUGUGUUGGUGUCUUCCAUACCUCAUCACUCGUCGAUCCAGGAGGCAUCUCCGGCUACACGAAACACAUGGCGACUCUGGAAGCCAAGGCGGCAGAGCAGGUGGUGGAGGCGUGCGUGAGGACGGAGUCGGUGAGGAAGUGCGUCUUCACCUCGUCGCUGCUGGCCUGCGUGUGGAGGCAGAGCUACCCUCACCGCCACCGGUUCCCCGCCACCGUCGACGAGAGCUGCUGGAGCGACGAGGCCUUCUGCCGUGAGAAGAAGCUGUGGUUUGCGCUUGGCAAGACGAUGGCGGAGAAGGCGGCGUGGAGGGCGGCACGGGGCAGGGACCUGAAGCUCGUGACGGUGUGCCCGGCGCUGGUGACCGGGCCGGGUUUCCGCCGGCGCAACUCCACCCCCUCCAUUGCCUACCUCAAAGGGGCGCACACCAUGCUGGCGGAGGGCCUGCUGGCGACGGCGGACGUGGAGCGGGUGGCGGAGGCGCACGUGCGCGUGUACGAGGCGAUGGGCGGCACCGCCGGCGGCAGGUACAUCUGCUACGACCAUGUCGUGCGGCGCGCGGAGGAGUUCGCGGAGCUGGAGCGCCAGCUGGGGCUCCGGCCGAGGGCGCCGCCGCCCCCGGCCGCCGCGCCGCCGUCGUUCGAGCUCUGCAACCGGAAGCUGGCGCGGCUGGUGUCCUCCCGGAGGCGGUGCACCCACGACGCCUACCUCCCCGUCGCGUACGACUGACCCGAUCGGGAGAAUGAGAUGGAACACAAAUGGCGUGCGUUGUACAGAGUUGUGCCCCAGUGAUAAUAAAGCUGAGCUAGUUUAGUAGGAGUAGAUACCAUGAGUAUUAUUGCAGGAUCCGGUAGAGUAGGAUGAUGAGACCGUAGCACGAGGCCGUUUUGCUCGUGCCAUCAGAGUUCUGACUGCAUCUACGCGCAAAGCAUGCGUUCAGAGCAA